GAUAUGGCAGCAUUGCGAACGUGACAGUUUUUUGCAGGUCCGGCAACACGACAAAAGGUUUUUGUUUACAGCACGCCGGCACCGGUUUUUAAGAUAAAAAGUAAUAUUUAAUAUUAAUAUUUGUUACAUCUGAGAACUCGCCAUGUCGCAGACAAUGCCGCCAGAGAACCUAAGCAGCCGCCUGUUGACGGUGCUCAGUCUGCCUUUGCUGGAUCGCCUGCACGAGUUGAGCAUCCUGUUCGAUCGCUGCACUCUGCGGCAGAUCCAGGAGAUAUUUCCCCACAUCGUGCACUCCAUUUUCGGGAUCAAUGGCAAUCCCUUGGGCUGGGGCCUGCGGACGACGACUUUGGAGAACAGUCCGCUGCACUUCCAGACGCUGCACCAGUUCUUCGGCGUGUGUGGUCCCUGGAUGCACCUCUGCCACCGCCUGCUCCUGGACCAGUGCAAGUUCGAGCUGGACAUCAAUUUGCUGCCGGCCAAGUUCGUUAGCAUGUUGCAGUCUGGCCAGAGUCCCAGAUUCUAUGCGGAGCUCAUCAAUAUCGACUCGAUGAAGCACCAGGUGGCCACGCUCUCGCUGAACGCCUUCGACUUCUACGUGAUCCACUUCGUGCUGUACGCUCUGCAGCCGCUGCACUCCAUUAAUCCCAUCGCCAUGCAGAUCCACAAUGUGCGCAGCAAGACGAUCUAUCUGAAGCUGGUGUCCGAGUACCUCAACAACUUCCUGCCCCUCGUUCCCGAUGCCCGGAUAGAACCCGUCCAAUUCAGUAGCGGCGUUAAGGCUCCACAGCCGCUACCCGCCCAGGCAUUGCAGCCGCAAAGGCAGCCACGCUACAUCAAGAUUCCCAGCUCUUUUCGUAACGGAGGAAACGUUUCCGGAAGAGGAGGAAGUCCGACAUCCAGUGGUGGCAGCGGGAACACCUCACCGCAGUCCAACAGCCCAAAUGCCAGCGCAAACAGGGCCUACGCCUGGCGUUCGGAGAGUGUUCUCCACUUUUUUGUGGACAUUUGGCUGCGUUACGACAUCGAGUCGGAGCACCACCUGCCCAGCAGCGAUUUUGUGCGCGGCGUACGCACCUUGGUAAAGCAGGUCCACUUCUUUGCCAAUGGGGCUCAGCAGGAUCACACUUCACUCUGCGCUCUGCGCAAGGUGUCGUUAAGCAUGGUAAAAGCCAGGAUCUACGCCUUUCUGUGCGGCUUGAUUGAUCGUUGGCCCCUGGACAGCUCGCUGAUGGUGGUGCUGGAGCUCUGGCUGAGUUACAUCCAACCGUGGAGGUACACCAUGGCAGCUUUAAACAAUAAGACACCUAGCCUUGCCUACAGGCCGCCCAUUCUGUCCUGCUUUGAUGGUUUCAUCAUCGAUAAUCUGAUUAUGUACACGCACAUAUUCAUGCAGCUGCUGCCGCACUUUGGGCGCUUGGACUAUACCGUCUAUCGAAAUGCCUUUAUGCUGUAUCGCCUGGCUACAAUGUUCGCCCAGCAUGAUUUAGUGGAGCGGUUGCAGCGUUUCGAGCGUAUACAUGCGGGCAAUGCCUAUGGCUUCGACUCGCCGCAGAGACAGGUCAACAUGAUGAACAAAUCCUAUUCGCCAGGCUCUCAGUGGAACCAUGUGGUUAACACACACUCGGCCAAGCUGUUUAGUCACCCCAUGCAGGUUCAGAUGGAGAGCUUCCUUUUCUUGAUCAGCAUGGCUCGAAACUCUGUGCUCAGGGACAUUUCUUCGUUGCGAAACGAAAUUGCAGAGAGACAGCGCUCUGAGGGAUUCCUAAAGAACUUCUUCAACAAGCUCUUUCGCGAGUGCACCCAGGAUGAAUUAACCCUGCGCGAGUUCAGUCGCAUUCCGGAGGUUCUGCGUCAAUGCAUUGAUGCCUUCUGCCGAACGUUUAAUGUGGAUCAGGCCAAUCUGUCCAUGCACGAGAACCUGCCAGAGGAACCUUGUCCACCUGCCUCGACAACGGUGCAAAAUUUUAGCUUUUUCGACUCCAGCAACUCUUUAGACAGGUCUAAGCUGAACCCGCACCAAAUGUCCCUCAAUGCCUCCAAUAUGCAUGCCACUGUUGAUCCAGCAAUGCUGCCCAUACAGACUAAUGAGGUCAGAUCGCUAGUGAGGAUACUGCACUUUGUCUCCGAGAAAAUCAACAGGAAGUAUGGCAGCCAGAUACAAGCGUUCUAUGUUCGCGACGAUUACUGUGGAAAGGUAGCGAGGCAACUCCUGUACGCUCCAAUGACGGAGCAGUGGUUCGACAAGAGCUCUGGCCAAGUGGAUAUGUGUGAGAGCGUGGUUCCUCCGCGGGUUUGCCUACGAUCUUUAGGCUCUAUUCCCGUUCUCGUUACGAUCGCCGCUGUCUUAGUCCUUGGGCAACUAAUAUGGGGAGCCCCAAUCGUGGGUCUAUUAAUUCUGGGCACUGUGCUGCUAGUCUACACCUUGCUGCAGGCACUCUUUUCCUAAUUUGAAGUUUGUUCUAGA